GGCACCUUCAAUCGAAAUAGGCCGACAACUUUGGGUUCAAAUACCCAAAUCUAUCCACCCACUCGGGAUUUCAGCUCCAGUAAUAGGAAAAGAAUUAAGAUCUAUCCUCCUUGCAGAUUUCUCCGUUUUCCAUCGGUCUAGUCCAGACGUACACCGGUGCACAGUUUCUAGAUCACCAGGAGGUCAAUUUUUUGUCCUCUUGGAUGAUUUAGAUUCCAAUAUGUUGUCUGUUCUGCUAAAUUUUGCGUAAUUUCAUGGUACACCGGUGCAUGGUUUCUAGAUCACCAGGAGGUCAAUUUUUUGUCCUCUUAGGUGAUCUAGAUUCCAAUAUGUCGUCUGUUCUGUUAAAUUUUGCGUAAUUUCAUGGUGGACUGGAGGCCUCAGGUUUCUGAUUGUAACCAAGUUUUGAUUUUCUGCUUUUCUUUCGGCGAUCAAAGGGAGUCCUGUUAAAUUUCUUUCUGAGUUUGAAGGAUUAAACGAGGGAAUUUGCGUUUUCUCCGGCACCCCUUUGUUGGUUUUUCCUUGGUCGUAGAAGCCUGGACGGAGCGAAUUUAGGGGUGUGUAGGAGAACGCUUUAACUCCCUACGGCACUCUUCUGAAAAUCGCGUUCCCUUGCUUUUUGAGCCCGGGGAUGGAACAAUUCCGGCGGACUGGAGAAGCUUUGGGGAGUCUUAGAGCCCUGAUGGUAUUCCAAGACGAUAUCCAAAUCAAUAAGAAGCAGUGCUGCUUGCUGUUCGAUAUCUUCAAUCUUGCGUUCGAAAGGAUUGCAGAGGAAAUGAGGCAGAACCUGAAAUUCGAAGAGAAGAGCACAAAAUGGAAGGUUCUUGAACACCCCUUAAGAAGCCUAUACAGAAUUUUCAAAGAAGGGGAACUCUACGUUAAAGAGUGUUUGGAGAACAAGGACUGGUGGUCCAAAGUCAUCACCUUCUCUAAGAGCACCGACUGCGUCGAGUUCCACAUCCAUAAUUUGCUUUGCUGCAUUCCUGUGGUAAUGGAGGCCAUUGAGGCUGCUUCAGAAAUCUCCGGCUGUGACCAAGAUGAGAUCCAGAAGAAGCGGUUCAUUUUUUCUAAGAAAUAUGAGAAUGAAUGGAAGGAUCCGAAGCUUUUCCAGUGGUUAUUUGGAAAACAGUACCUGGCUUCUCAAGAUAUCUGCAGUCGGUUGGAGACGGUCUGGAAGGAGGAUAGAUGGAUUCUUCUUGACACAAUCAGGAAGAAGAGAUCAGAGUCGUCCUUAGCUCUAACAAAGCAAGAGCAACGUCUGAUGGAACUCCUAGUCAAGAAUCUAGAUGGGUCAGAACCAUCGAAUGGGAAGCUCUUCCCGAGUUCGAUCUUAGUGAGUUGGAAGGACUACCAGGUAAGGAGACGGUUAGGGAAUGGAAGCCAAUACAAGGAGAUCCAGUGGGUGGGAGAAAGCUUUGUCCUAAGACACUUCUUCGGGAACAUCGAGCUUCUGAUUCCCGAGAUAUCUCGUCUCUCAGCCAUGAGCCAUCCUAACAUAUUGAACUUCCUCUGUAGCUUCUGUGAUGAAGAAAAGAAAGAAUGCUUUCUGGUAACAGAGUUGAUGACCAAGGAUCUGUCCAACUACAUGAAAGAAAUAACUCAGCCCAGGAAAAGGGUGGUCCCAUUUUCUCUCCCGGUUGCUGUUGAUCUAAUGCUUCAGAUUGCAAGAGGGAUGGAAUAUCUUCAUUCCCAAAACAUAUACCAUGGAGAUUUGAAUCCUUCCAACAUCCUAGUUAGAGCAAGGAAUGUAUACCCCGAAGGGCACUUGCAUGCAAAAGUCUCAGGGUUUGGCUUAUCUUCCAUUAAAGACAACCCUCGAAACCCGUGCCAGCAGAAUGGGAAUGGGGCUCUCCCAGUAAUCUGGUAUGGCCCAGAGGUAUUAGCGGAGCAAGAACAGACAGGGAACAAUUGUAAUUGCAAGUACACAGAGAAGGCCGAUGUGUAUAGCUUUGGGAUGAUAUGCUUCGAGCUUUUGACAGGGAAAGUCCCAUUUGAAGAUAGUCAUCUGCAAGGAGACAAGAUGAGCCGGAACGUAAGAGCAGGGGAGAGACCUCUGUUUCCAUUUACUGCACCAAAAUACCUCACAAACUUGACCAAAAGAUGUUGGCAUAGCGACCCAAGUCAACGCCCGAGCUUCUCUUCCAUCUGUAGGAUCCUCCGUUACAUCAAGCGGUUUCUAUUGAUGAACCCUGACAACAACCAGCCUGACCCGCCAUUGCCUGUAAUCGAUUAUUGCGAGGUGGAGGCAGGGCUUUUAAAGAAGUUUCCCUCGUGGGGCAAUCCUGACACAGCAGCACCAGUGUCGCAAAUCCCAUUUCAGAUGUUUGCUUAUAGGGUUAUAGAGAAAGAGAAGACGAGCCUGAGCCUUAAAGAUAGGAGUUCGGAAUCAGGGAGCGAUGGAACUUCAGUUUGCGGGGACGAGAAUGCAUCUAUAGUCGAUGAUCCAUUCCCAACGUUAACUGAAAAGAAGCCGUCCGUUUGUUCCGAGACAAACAAGAAAACUUUGUUAAAGAAGAUAAUAACUACGGCAAUGACAGACGGGAAGAACACCAAGCAACCAGUAACGCCCAAAGGGCGACAAAGACCUCCACAAUUGUCUCCAUGUGGACUCAAUAUGAGAAUGAAAUCUGAAAGCCAGUUAUCAAUGGUGAUGAGCCCAAGCAUGCGGAAAAGAUCCGGUCAUGUCUCAGAUUAGGCCGAGUACUUUCGUCACUUGCUUAAGCCUGUUACAAAGAAGAAGAAGAAGAAGAAAGACUUGUUGACUUCUUGUCGCCGCAAGUGGAUCUUACGUUAACAGAUGCCGGUGUACAGUGAAAUCACCGGUGCGAAGCUUCUGAACUACGGCUUGGUGGAGGAGAGGAGAAAGAAAUGGAGAAUUAAAAAUUCCCAAAGCAUUUAAAAAAUUGGGUUUUUGUCCUUUUGUAUCUGGUUCAACCGGAUUGCUUGACUAACGAUAAAAUUCCCAUUAAAGUUACCCAUUUUUUUGAGUGCUGA